CCCAUGCCCAUGAAGUUUAGGCCCGGCACAACCCAUAAAUUAUUCGUGCUCGUGCAGGGCUGGCCCAUUUAUUUCGUGCCCGUGCUCGUGUCGUGCCGUGCUAGCCCGUGGGCGGCACGGCCCGGUGCCCACGUACAUAUGUAAGUGGUCACCUUUUCUCAGCAGCAAAAGGAAGGAGAGGAUCAUGGAUUUGGAAUGGCUUCUGUGACACCAAAGACAAAUUAUAGAGUCCCAAAACGCCAUGUUCUGUAACUCGGGGGAUAAUGUCAGGGGAAGGUACAUCUUUCCACAAUGAUCCUUGGGUACCAUCUCUCCCUAAUUUUUCUCUGCCUAGUUUGGGUUUGGAACCCUCGAAAGUGUGUGAUUGGUUCUCCAUGCCUGAGCGGAAGUGGGAUUUGGAAGCUUUGAUGGCAAAUGUUCCAGAGGAGGUAGCAAUGGCUAUUUUGCGUGUUCCAAUUGGCCCCAUGAAUGCUCAAGAUAGAUGGUUCUGGAAAUUCACAAACAAUGGUGCAUAUUAAGUGAAAUUUGCGUAUCGAGCACUUUGAGAGACUCGUGACCAACAUAGCAAUGUUUUGGUGGUCAAUUUGAUUAGACCUAACAGGGAUGAUUGGAGAUGGUUGUGGUCUUUGUCUCCAAAGAUCAUAUUCUUUAUUUGAAAGUGUGCAAAAAGUGCAAUUGCAACCAGAGCUAGAUUGCUCUCGCGUAAGUGUGCAUAGAGUGCAAGGUGCACUAUUUGUGAAAACCAUGAUAAAACUAUUAUGCACUGAUUGAUCCAUUGUCACCAUGCGACAACCACCUGGUUGUCAUAUGGUCUUCUUCAUUCUAUCCCCGCGCCUGAGACCUCGUUCUCAGAAUGGUUCUUCAAGUUGAAGAUUAUUUUUCGGAUGUCCAGAUUAAGAAGAUUGCUUGCUAUUUGUGGAAUAUCUUGAUUGCUUGAAAUGGAUUUGUUUUCGAAUCCAAGGUUCCAUCCCCAACCAUCGUUGCAAUGAUGGCUGAAUGCGACUUCCAUUGUCUUGAAGAAGCUAGGACUCACCCUCAAGCCUCUUCAACCUCUAGAUCAGCAUCAUUGCCUCCUAAGUCAAGGGGAUCCCGUUCACACCCUUUACCACCGCCUUUUGCAUUUCCUCGUGUUGUGCACUAUGAUGGCUCUUUUUCUUCUGUUUUACAGGUGGCGGCUUAUGGGAUUACUAUUGCUGACUCCCAUGGUCAAGUAUAUGACGGAGAGGCUGAGACUCUCUUUUGUUCCUAUAUGAUUCAAGCGGAAGCAGUUGCUCUCCUCAAUGCAGUUGUGUUGGCGGCCCAAGUGAGCUGCCCCACGUGUGUGAAGUCAGAUUGUGAGGUGCUAGCAACAGCCCUGAAGAAGCCACCUGAUCUCUGGCCAUGGCAGUGUAGGGCAACGUUGGCCCGUGUCAUCGACAUUCUCCAUUAUGCAACUUGGAUCACGGUGGAGUUCACUCUAAGAUGUUUCAAUGGCAUUGCUUAUUGGGUGGCUAAGAGUGCUCGUGAAAGUUGUUUACCAGUGGACUGGAUUACUAUUGCGAACUUGAUUGAACCACUUUGUAAUAUGUUUGCUCACCUUGGAUUGGAUUUAGAAAAUAGGUUUCAUCUUUAAAAAAAAAAAAGUUAAAAGUCUUCAAAAGUGUGUGUGUGUGGGGGGGGGGGGGGGGGGGGGGGGGGCAUGACAACAUUGGGUUUAUUGGAACUUUUGUUGUGUGGGAGCAACACGGUAAUAUAGUAGUGGAUGAUACUAAUCAUAUUGCACAAACAAAGUAUGAUCAGUGUAUAUUUAUAUGUAGAUGAAGUUAUAUUGAGAAGGUUACUUUAUCCAAUAUUGAUCUUUAUUAUAUUGAAUAAUUGUAAGGUAAACAC